AUGCCACCUUUACCUAUAAACCUUGUCGCGGUUCCAAUCGCCUUCAUAAAUGCUGUGUUAAAAGAUGAAGACGAAAGUAAUGAUCGUACCACAAAUUCUAGCAAAACUCAGCAAAAUAAGCUGUUGAUCUCCCCCGCCGAGAAGGAGGUUAUUUUCGCGUGCAUUCAAAGGAUUGAUGACAAAAUUCGGGAUAUUAAGACUGAAGUAUACAGAAUAAUCCUUAAUCGACAAGAUACCUUCACUAAGCUUUAUGACGAAUCUAUUUCCUUGCGCGAUAAAAUCGAUACUGUUUUCACAGAAACCGAUAACGUAUCACGGGAUAUCAAUGAUUCAGAGGUUGGGAUGAAACCUAAACUCAUCACGGCAUUACAAGAGAAUCGUGUAAUAAUGCAGGAAGUUUAUAAUACUAGAUAUGUGGUUGAAACUUUAGAAUACUUAAUUGAGGUACAAAACUCUGCUAAACGCUUUCAAGAGUAUCUAAUUCAAGGUCGAAUAGAAGAAGCAGCCGCUUCAAUUACAUAUAUGGAUAGAUUGUUGGUGUCUCCACCUAUACAAACGGAUCAAAAGAUCCAUGUUUUUGAAAAAUUAAAGGAGCAAAUGGCAACCAUGAAAGAAACGUUAGAUCAAAAUCUUGAUGAUCUUUUAACUGAGUCAAUUUCUUUUCAAAAACUUGGUGAAGAUGAUACCGGUGGAGUUAGCCUUACAAUCUUGUCUUCCGUACAAAAUUCAGAUUCACCAACUCUCUUGACUUCUGUCUUCACUUCCCUCUCGGAAAUUGGCUCUAUUAACAUGCAAUUAUCAAAGCUGAAAAAAAAUGUAAUGAAAUACCUUAUUAUUCCAUUAUUGAAAAAUCGUGAAUCAUUUAGAGCGUCGGUCAAGGUUGAUGACGAUGUCAAGUCUACGUUGUAUAUUGGUCCAAAUUUGGAUGAUCCAAAUAUAGUUGAAGAUCAAGAUGGAGUGUUUACACCUCUGAUUGUCGUCUUUCGAUUCAUAUAUACGUUUAUAUUUGGAGGUCUUGAUCCUGUAAAGAAGGAGACUGUGAUAUCUCCAUUUGCCUCUCAAUAUUCUUCCACAUUUGGAAAGUUUAUUUCUCAUGAUCUCCGUGACGUUGUGAUCAAUGAGUAUUUAACGCGUGCAAUUCCAAUGGAAACCAGUGAAUUCAAACAUUUUGAACAAGUUGCAGAUGCUGUGAACCGAUUUCAAACAGAAAUGCGUAGAAUGGGCUUCAUGAGAUCAACUAGUGGAGAAGAAGAUGAAGAAAGAACUUUAGGUGCAUACGUAGCAAAAGUCGAUGUUCAUUUUACAAUUAAAAAGCGAGACAGGCUAUUGGAAUUUGGACGAAAUAUCAUGUUAGAUAGUAUAUUUGAUAGCUUAAUAAUUACUGAGGAUGCUAAUGAUACUAAUGAAAGCAAUGACAAAAAGAUCAAUGAUAAUUCAGUUGAAAAUAAUUCAAUAAAAAACAAUUCGGAAGUAAUUCAACAAAAUCAUGAUGAAAUUAUUAAUUCCAUACAAGAUGAUAAUCCUAAUGAAGGAUGGGAGUUAACCAGGGAAACCAAUUCCCAUGAUUCAGAGAUGAUAUAUGAACCAGAAAGAUACUCUAUUUCAGUCAAAUCUAAAUCACUAAUAGACCUGACAAUAAAUACUUUGAACGAAGCACGAAACUUAAAUGCAAAGAGUGGAAUGCGCUUGUAUCAAGCAACACUUGAUCUCUUUGAUCUGUAUCGAGCUGUUAUACCGGUGUAUCAUUUGAACAAUUUUACCAAUUUACCCAACUUGGCUAUGUUGUUUCGUAACGAUUGCAUUUGGCUAGCGGAUCAACUCAUAAUUAUUCAAGAUCAAUUUAUAAAUAGCUUAUUGCCACAAGAACACGAUGAGUCAGGGGAUGUUGGAUCUAAAAUAUUAUAUAAUGACAUGGCAAAAAAAUUGCGCGAUUUAGGAGAUGAAUGGUAUAACAUUCAACUGGAAAAACAAAAAUCUGUUCUUAAAGAAAUUUUGGAUGAAAUGGAUGGAGUGCAAUUAACAGCAAAUGAAGAACGAUUUGAAAUUUGUCAACAAGCGAUGAACAAAGUGGAUGUGUUACGACCUUCAGAAUAUUACAUUAUAUUAGGCACUUUGAUAAAUUCAGUAUUAACUAUUAUGAUCGAGAAUCUAGAGGAUCUAUACGAUAUUUCUGAAGAAGAAUCACAUCAAUUAUAUUCAAUAUAUUCAAUGCUUUUUCCGUUGGAAGAAAUAUUUAGCAAGAAUGGGUUAAAUAAAAUCGAGAAUCAUGUUAAAAGCUGGAAGAAAUUCCAUUAUAUAACCGAUAUACUUAAAUUUUCUUUAGCAAACAUUAUGGACAAAUUCCGCUCUGCUGAGCUAAACUGUUUCACUAGUAAUGAAUUGGAUGGUCUUAUAUGUGCAUUAUUUGCAGAUACACCCUUAAGAGAACAAAGUUUACAAGAGAUUAGACGUGGGCAUUCUGUCCAGAAAACUUAA